AUGGCACCGAUCCAACCGCGCUAUAUCCCUAAGGAUACUGAAUCACAAUCAUCGGCUGCAUCCUCUAUCCGCGUCCUGCGCGUAUCAGAUAAUGGAUCAUUUAUCGCAUCUCCAAUCCCGGAGAUAAUGAUUAAAGAUCCGAAGAAGAAUACGAUUACAACCCCUCUUGCACCUGUACUAAUCCCCACAGCUGCAGUUUCCAUCUCUCGUAUCCUGAACCAUCCAAACAUCAUCUCGCUCGUUGAUAUUACCCAGUCCAUAUCUACCUCGGGUCAAUAUAUGGCAGGCGAAUACGGUGACUUGACAAUCUGGGAAGACAUGGAUGCGGGAUGCCUCUCAUACCUCCUACCGUCCCCUAACGCUCUGCCCGACUUCACCGACUCUGAACUCUGGCACGGGCUUGCCGCUCAGAAUUUCCAGCGCUUCUCGCUCCCCGAAUCUCUUUGCUGGCACGUUCUCUCGUCUAUUUCACAUGCGCUCUUAUGGUUGCAUCACGGAGUCAAGGAAACGGAAGGCAUAACGGGAGAAUUCAUGAAGCAUGAUGAUGACGUACAACCUAUCCUAAUCAGGGACAUCUCCCCCGGUCAAAUCUGGUUCAAGCAUCCUAGAGCAGAUGAGACGUAUGGGGAGUGUAAGCUUGGCGGUUUUCAAUGGGCAAAAGUCACUGGUGUUGUAGGAGGCAGGAUCGCUAUUGCAAGCCCAGUGGAAAAUGCACCCAGAGAGAAGCAGUUUUAUUGGGCUCCAGAAAUCUACAAUGCUACUUGUUCUUGGUCUCGCCCUAGCGAAAUCUGGUCCCUUGGAGCCGUGAUCUAUACCAUGAUGACAGGGAUUCCACCGCCUCGUUACUAUGACUACAGGUGGCAAAUCAGUCGCAUGAACGAUAAAGGCUUUUCCCAGGGGAUAAGAGAAAUCGUGGCUCAAAUGCUAGAUCCGAGCAUGGCAAUGAGACCCGACGCGCUGCAACUGGUCGACGAGGUCGAAAAAGGAUGGAGGGUGUGGAGAGCUAGUACAGCAGAGGGGCAAGCGUAUAUUGAUGUCAAAGACAAGCUUGUCCGCAAAGAGUACGAGAGUAUGAAGGGCAUAGAGGUACGGGGACGGGGAUUCCUUCCUAGCUUGUAG